AUGGCUGGAUCUGGAAUGGGUGAGCUUCGUGCUCCCAUCUUCAAUGGAAGCAACUAUGAUUUCUGGAUAAUAAAGAUGUGCACGAUCUUCAAAUCUCACAAGCUAUGGGAUAUAGUUGAAAAUGGGUAUGAUCAACCUGUGAAGAAGGAAGAAGGAGAAAUUCUGACUGCAGCUCAAACACUUGCAUUGGAAGAGAAUGUUGCAAAGGAUGCUAAGGCUUUGGGACUGAUACAAAGUGCAGUUUCUGACGAUAUUUUUCCAAGAAUUGCAUUGAAGGAGUUAACAAAAGAGGCAUGGGAAACUUUGCAGCAAGAGUUCAGGGGAGAUAAGAAGGUAAGAUCUGUUAAACUCCAAGCACUUAGAAGGGAAUUUGAAUACAUUCGUAUGCAAGAGGAUGAUUCUUUAUCUGAUUAUAUAACUAAGGUGCUUGAGUUAGUAAAUCACAUGAAAGCAUAUGAUGAAGAGAUUGCUGAUCGAAGGAUUGUGCAUAAACUUUUGAUUAGUUUGUCUAGGGAAUAUGAUUCCAUUGCUGAAGUGAUUGAAGAAACAAAAGACACUGAAACUAUAGGAGUUCAAAAGGUUAUAGGCUCUCUGAAAUCCCAUGAACAAAGUUUGCAAAGGCACUCUGAGAAAUUGACAGAAAAGGCAUUUUCCAGCCUAAGUGUGAACUCUAAAGAGCAUUCCAAUGCUGCACAAUAUGGUAGUUCCAAGUCCAAGAAGAAUUGGAAGUCACAAAAUAAAAAGAAAUGGGAAGGGAAAUCUGGAAGCAAACCUAAAUGCUGUAAGUGUGAAAGGUUUGGUCACUUGGCAAAUGACUGCAGUGGCAAGGCACCUCAGGCAGCACAUUAUGCAAAGCACAUGGAGAAAGAAGGGACAAUGUUAUAUGCAUGUCAUGUUGCUUCUGUGCUAAAAAACAGUAGUAUAUGGUAUGUGGACAGUGCUUGUAGCAACCACAUGACCUCACAUGAAUCUCUUCUCAUUGAUAUAGAUACAAAUGUUACUGUAAAAGUGAAGAUGGGAACUGGAGAUCUAGUUCAAGUCACUGAUGAUCGAGCAUGGAUAUUUCUUGCUUUUGGUGAUUCUAUAGUGGAGAUAUAUGAUGACAAGUCUCUCAAGCACCUGGUGGCUAAAGUUCCAAUGAUAGGAAAUAGGUGUUUUCCUCUUUCCCUCAAGUAUGUGAAUGUAGUGGCUAUGAAGGCAACAGUUAAAGAGACUACAUGUUGGCACAGAAGAUAUGGUCAUCUAAAUCUUCCUAACCUGAGACUGUUACAACAGAAAGAAUUGGUGUAUAGAUUGCCAGAAAUUAGUGAUUUAGAGAAGGUAUACUUCAUGAAAUUCAAGUAUGAGGUAUUUAAUAUCUUCCAGAAAUUCAAGGCCAUGGUGGAACUACAAAGUGGCUAUAAGAUUAAGAGGCUUAGAAGUGACAAAGGUGGGGAAUACACCUCGGCUGAAUUUAUGAAAUUUUGUGAAGAUAUAGGAAUGGAAAGGCAGUUUACUAUAGCUUACUCACUUGAGCAAAAUGGGGUAGCUGAGAACAAAAAUAAAACUAUAGUGGAAAUGAGUAAAGCAAUGAUGCAUGAGAAGAAGUUACCUUAUCAGUUUUGGGGAGAGGCAGUGAACACAGCUGGUUAUAUGGUUUACAACUUGCAAUCCAACAAGAUUACUGUUUCUAGGAGUGUAAUCUUUGAUGAAGACUCUCUGUGGGGUUGGGAAAAUCGGAAUGUUCAACAUAUCUCAAUUCCCAUGAGCUGUGAAGAUGGUGCAAGAGACACUGAGAUGGAAAGUGGACUUUCAGACUCAUCUACACAAGAGAGUCAGUUUGGGAGUCCAAGCUCUUUUAGAUCUAAAGAAGAGAAUGCCACACAGAGUGAAACUCCUGUGAAACUCAGAGAUAUUGCUAAGAUUUAUGCAAGAUGA